UGUGAAACGAAAACGAGAUGAGCUGCUGCUGAUUCAAAGUUCGCGUUCAAACUUCAAAUCCUUAUAUGAGAGAGAGAGACUGAGAGAGAGAGAGAGAGAGAGAGAGAGAGAGAGGAACAGUGGGGUUUGCUUCGUUGGAGAUUGUUUGUGAGGGGCGCCUCGCUGUUCUAUGUUCCAGGAGCAGCGCGUCGUUUGAUCUAGAGGGGAUAAAGACGCUUCCUUUCUUGGCUCGCGGCGGCCAACGAUGGGGCGGAGCCUGAGCCCGCUGCUCCGGCAGGAGCUGGACAACCUCGACAAGGACGCCGACAGCCGCCGCUCCGCCAUGAAGGCGCUCAAGUCGUACGCCAAGCACCUGGACUCCAAGUCCAUCCCGCAUUUCCUCGCCGAGGUGUCCGACAACAAGGCGGCCCCCGGCCUGCCGUCCGGCGAGUUCACCAUCUCCCUCUACGAGGUCCUCGCUAGGGUCCAUGGCCGGAACAUCGUGCCGCAGAUCGGCAACAUCAUGUCCACCAUCAUGUGCACGCUCUCCUCCAGCGGCGGGUCCUUCCCGCUGCACCAGGCGUGCUCCAAGGUGGUGCCGGCCAUCGCCCGCUACGGCAUCGACCCCGCGGCGCCCGACGAGGAGAAGGCCGGCAUCGUCGCGUCCCUCUGCAAGCCGCUCUGCGGCGCGCUGAUGGGGAACCAGGAUGGCGCCGCGUCCGGCGCGGCGCUCUGCCUCAAGGCGCUGGUGGAGUCGACCAACUGGAGGUUUGCCGCCGGCGAGACGGUCAACGAGGUGUGCCUGAAGGUCGCCGGAGCGAUGCAUGACAAGUCGACGCAGUCCAAUGCUCACAUGGCCCUGGCAAUGGCGCUGGUGAAGCACAAUGGCCUGAUUGCAGAGGCUUACGCGAGGUCUCUUGUGCGGUCUGCCCUGCAGAUUCUUGAUGGCGACACCGCGGAGAGCAGCUCCCAGAAGCGGCUCUCGGCGAUCCAGAUGAUCAAUUUCUUCAUGAAGUUCGUUGACCCUAGGAGCAUAUCCACUGAGCUUAGCAAGGUGGUCGAUGUCAUGGAGCAAUGCCAGAAUGACCGCAUGCCAUUUGUAAGGGGCGCCGCGUUCGAGGCGUCGCAGACGGCGAAGGGCAUUGCAGCGCAGAAGGGAUCGAGGCAUGAGGUGAGCACGAGCCCGAUGGUAGGCUCCAACUUCCAGAGGAGAAGAGAGAAGAGUCCAUGCAGGAGCCUGUGGAAUGGAAAAGGCAGCCCUGCAAACUCUAGAAUGGCUGCCUCUCCUGUUCAGUUCCAAUCCCCUGAAUCACAUGUUGUUGAUUCAUCCAUCAUGUGUGACAGCACAAUCACCGAAUCGCCGGUCUCGAUCGGGCAGUCCUCUUGCAAUUUCGAUCAGAAUCGGCGCGCCAACAGGAGAUUAUGGAGCAAUGAUGGUGUUGAUGUUUCUCUGAAGGAUGGCUUGUUCUUCAGAAUUUGCUCAGACGGGAAGUACCUUGAGGAUGACUUGGAUGAGGUCUGUGACAGUGAAGUUACUGAUACAAAUUUUGAGUGCACCAACUCAUUCACUGGAUUUUUGUCAGCUAGCCCCAAUGGCGCUACAUCCAAAGAUAAGACCCCGAGCCCUCAGGCUUCUGAAAGGCCAAUUAGCAUUAAUGAUGUGAAGGUUUACACAACACCAAGGAAGCUUCUCAGAUCGCUUCAGAGCUCAUAUGACUUUGACUCUGCUCGCAACGAGGAACAAUCUAUUGUCAAGCUGAACAGCUUAUCAUCACCAAGUGGGGAGUAUAAGGAAAUAGAUGAAUCAUCCGAAGAGAUGCAGUCUCAGCUUUCUGACAGCAAGAUUGAGGAGGGAAAUGAUGAAAAUGAGACUAUUGAUGCGCAGAGUGCCGAUGAUAUGGCUCUCUCCAAUGAAGGUAAAUCAGUACUCUACACUGCAGAUGCUGAGGACACAUCCUGCAAAGCAUCCUCUGAAGGUGAGCACAAUGAGCAAGAUGUUUGUGUCACAAGAAGCACGGGGAAGACCAAGAAGUACAAGGCAAUACUCAGUUUUCUUUUGAGCAUGAUCAUGAUCUUUCUAGCAAUAGUUGCCGUGUUAAUUAGGAUAGAAAGUUAUGACGAUUAUGUUGGCCUUGUGCCUACUUGAUGUCUGGAUUGCUACGAUCAGUGUCUCGCUGUUCAGUUUGUUGUAUUGAUUCUGCCACAGUUUAGUGGUAGCUAGGCUUCAUUGUUUUGCAGCCAUUGAUCCUUGUAUGAAAAAAAACAAAAAAAAGGCUUGGUUA